AUGGAAACUCUCGACAACACCGACUGGGACGUUGUUAUUGUCGGUACCGGGCUGCAGCAGUCUUUGCUCGCUUUAGCUCUGUCGCGCUCGGAGAAGAAAAUCCUCCACCUCGACGAAAAUUACUACUAUGGCGGCGCUGAAGCUGCCUUGAGCCUGCAAGAGGCUCGAGAAUGGGCGAUACAAGUGAAUGGCGCGUCUGGUGGUGCCUUCUCCAACGUCAACAUCACCAAGCCUGAGCCUGCCGGAUCAGAGCCGUCUCCACCAUCACUGUCGUUCUCGAGGGCGUACAGCUUGGCGCUCAGUCCGCAGCUCGUAUACGCUCGCUCCUCGCUCCUGCAGUAUCUUGUUUCGUCGAGGGUUUAUCGCCAACUCGAGUUCCUGGCUGUCGGCAGCUGGUGGGUGUUUUCCGCAGAUGCUGCUAGCGAAAGCUUGCCACCAUCUGACGGCAUUCAACGGCACGGAAGGCUUCUGAAGGUGCCCAACGGGCGAGAAGAUGUCUUUCAAGACCACGACCUUGACUUCAAGGCGAAGCGCGCUUUGAUGAAGUUUCUGCGCUUCAUUGGCGAAUACGAGGAGCAGCCCGAGGUCUGGGAGGAGCAUCGCCAGCAGCCGUUUCCCACCUUCCUGUCGGAGCAGUUCAAGGUCCCUGCAGCGCUUCAGGCUCCGUUGCUGGCACUCACACUGUCGCCAUCGCCGUCAACUCAGACGACUACCGAGUAUGCGUUGCCGCGGAUCGCGAGACACCUUAGGUCCAUCGGCAUCUUCGGGGCUGGCUUCGGAUCAGUCAUACCCAAAUGGGGUGGCUUGUCUGAGAUCAGUCAAGUCUCUUGUCGUGCAUGUGCCGUUGGUGGUGGAGUAUACGUCCUUGGAAAAGGUCUUGCACCCACCGAUGAUGUCACUCCGGAGACAUCCGAGAGCGGCAUCAAGCUUCACCUGAAAGAUGGUGAGGCUAUCACGGCGAAGUGGAUUGUGGGAGGAAGCUCCUCGACCGCUAUCGAGGACAUACAAUGCAGGUCAAUGACCAUCGUAUCCUCCGCGCUUAUACCAUUGUUCCCACCGAUCGCAGAAGACGCGCCAGCUCCAGCUGCUGCGGUUGUUGUAUUCCCGUCUGGAUCACUCCCGUUGGACUCUCAAGCUGAAGAGCUUCCGGCAGUCCAUGUGCUUGUGCAUUCAUCCGACACGGGGGAAUGCCCUGCAGGUCAGAGUAUACUAUACGCAUCCACCUCGUUGCACGGCCAAGAUGGGUUCAAGCUCCUCGAGAGAGGCGUUCAGGCGCUGUUGUCCAGUGUCGAAGUCACACCAUCACCUAUUGUGCUUUGGUCUGCCCGAUAUAAACAACAGCCCUCAUCAGAAUCAGGCCUGCUUCCGAACAGUGAUGAUCACGUCGUGCGAUUCCCACCUCCGUCGAUGGAUCUUGCGUUUGACGACAUUGUACUUGAUCAGGUCAAGGAAGUCUGGCAGAAGAUCACAGGCGAGGAUGCUGGGGAGUACCUGAAGUUCCAAGACAGGGAAGACUAUGCCAACGAUGACGAUUAA